AUGAUGAGUAAUGAAAUAACAACAGCAAGUCGUUACUUUGAAUGUGGCGAAGAGAGCGACGAGUACAACUCGGACAAUGAUUACUCACCGUACAGUGUUCGAGAUGUCGACAGCCAAGCGCUGUCCGAUGAGUUGGAUGACGACGUAUUUUUAGAUUCACGCAUAGAAAACGAUAACACUUCAACCGACCUGCUUCUAGAAGAAGAACCAGCCGCAGAAGAACCAUCAGUAGAAGAGGAGGGAGAAGAAGAUAAGCAACUUCAAAUGGAAGUGGCAGCGAGCACCUCAGCUAUGUUCAAUAUAUUAUUAUAUCAUCCAUUCUCUUGCGUUUUACAA